AUGUCCGUCAAUGACCGCCGCGCUAGCUAUAUGAGCGCUCCGCGACCCCGCGUCGUCUCCAAUCGCGUCGAUGCCGAUAGGCCCAGUCGCGGCGCCGCAUCGCCGCAGCAGCCAGACAACAUGGAUUCUUUACGGACAAGCACAUCGAGUCAGAAGCAGAGAUUGCCCCGAGAUCAGAAAAACAUGACCGAAAAACGUACGGAGCGGACUGUGAUCACAACAAGGGAAAAGGCGGUGCGGAGGAACCCUAUCAAGGAGUCCAGCGCUUCUAAUCGCGGAGAAUGGGACAAGUCAAGGACCAAGAAGACAAAGACGGCCGAUGGGAUGAGCCCGGUUGGGAAUAGGAGGGAACAGGAUGCGCCUGCUGCACCAUGGGAUCCCCAUGCCUCCCUGAUUCCUCAUUCGACUGCUCCUCUCGCCUGUCGUGUAUCUGUUCCUCCGUUGGCGUCGACCGCUCCUCAAUCGCUCGCUCCCCGACCAUUUCGAGAGCUUUCACCCGAUGCUCAGGAAGCUGCCAUUUUGGAAGACCUUUUGUUCGUGUUUAUGGGCUUCGAGGGCCAGUACAUCCAUUACCACAGUACCUAUGACCCCUCUGUUGAAAAGGACCGCUUGACGGGUCCCGUAUUCCAACUGGCGGGAGGCUUAGACCCGACAUUGCGCGACCUCACCCAGUCUAUGCUCAAGAUGGCAACGCAUUACAGCGCUAUGGAGGCGUUUGUGGAAGUCCAGAGUCGUGCCGAGUAUGGAGCCGUAUGCCAUGCACUCUGCGCAUCCAUUCGGAAGAUCCUCAAGGACUACUUGAUCCUUAUCGCUCAGCUGGAAGGACAACAACUGAACAACCCUUCCUUUACCCUGCAUCAACUUCACCUCCAUACGAUGCCAACCAGUCAAUGUUUUACUCAGUUGUAUUCGAUAGGUCAAGAGCUCCUGCGACGCAACGGACUUUUGGAUUCAGAUGAACUUGACGAAACGAUCGACGACUUUGACGACGUUGAUAAUAUUCUUGAACAACUCAAGGAAGGAGGCGAUCUUGUACCGGGCUCCAGCAGGAAGGUUUGUAAAGGAGGCAAUGUCUUAAGACUCCUAACGGAGCGCCUUGCGACCUUUUCGGGCGACCCGACGACCAAGACACUUAUUCAGACUCUAUUGCGUGACGCCAGUCGACCAUACAUGAACAUGUUGAACGAAUGGUUACACCACGGUGGCAUCAGAGACCCCCACGCAGAGUUCCUCGUCAAGGAGCAAAAGUGGAUCAAGCGGGAAAAGCUCGAGGAAGACUACACGGAUGAAUACUGGGAAAAGCGCUAUACAAUUCGCGACGAUGAGGUUCCCCCACAGCUCGAGGGUGUCAAGGAUAGAGUUCUUCUAGCCGGCAAAUACCUUAACGUGGUACGAGAAUGUGGUGGCGUUGAUGUCAGCAAAGCUGUCAAAGAUGUUCCCAAAACGCUUGAUGAUCCGCGUUUCCUGGAAAACGUCAAUGCUGCUUAUACCUACGCCAACGCCUCUCUUUUGAACCUACUUCUCACGAAAAACUCUCUCACAACCCGAUUCCGCUCGCUCAAGCACUACUUCUUCCUCGAUCGAUCCGACUUCUUCUCCUACUUCCUUGAACUAGGUGCAUCUGAGUUGCGCAAGAAUGUGAAUGUUGUCAAUGAGGGCAAGCUUCAGUCACUGUUGGAUCUUGUACUCCGUCAGCCUGGCAGCAUUGCUGCACAGGAUCCAUUCAAGGAGGAUGUCAAGGUUCGGAUGAACAAGGUUGGCCUUACAAAAUGGUUGAUGCAAGUGGUCAGUGUCUCGGGCAUUGAUCAGGACCAUCCGGAAGCCGCAUUUGAAAAGCAGGCGACUUCUGCGCAGAGCACCGACGACGACAACAGCAUUACUGGGUUCAGUGGACUGGAGCUGGAUUAUUCGGUGCCAUUCCCACUUUCCCUCGUCAUCAGUCGUAAGACUGUGCUGCGAUACCAAUUAAUCUUCCGCCAUCUGCUGUCCUUGCGACACGUGGAGACAUUGCUAGUCACGUCAUGGGCAGAUCAGAACAAGGUGGCCAGUUGGCGACACAAGCCGUCAGAUCGAAGACUUGAACUGUGGAAGCGACGCGCAUGGAACUUGCGGGCCAAGAUGCUUAUAUUUGUUCAACAUCUGUUGUAUUUCUGUACCGCGGAGGUUAUUGAACCUAACUGGGUGGCAUUGAUGGACCGUGUGAAUGGCGCCGAUGCCAAUGGGUCCGAGGUGACCGUGAAUGGGUCAAAACAAGUCAACCGGACUGUUGAUGAGCUGAUGCAGGACCAUGUGGACUUUUUAGAUACUUGCCUGAAGGAAUGCAUGCUGACUCAGGCUAAGUUAUUGAAGAUCCAUUCCAAGCUCAUUACUUGUUGUACUAUGUUUGGCCAAUGGACAGCCUCGUCGCUUUCGCGGGCUCUGAGUUCAGCAGAUCCUGAUUUGGCAGGGGACAAAGCUGGAGGACUGGACGCUCGCCCCUAUGAUCCAUCCCGAAUUGUGAAGCUUGAAGAGACUCUCAAGCGGUAUGAGGAUCAUUUCAACCGCCAUUUGCGGAUUCUGAUGGACAGUCUCAAUUACUUUGCCGCAACUGAAAGUGUGGUGUUGUUGAAAUUAGCACACUCUCUUAGCUCCAUCAGCAAAGAAGACUGA